AUGGCCGAAACCAAACCUGCAGCCAAGCCGAAGCAAUGGAUUUUCAACGCCUUUACGAUGAACACGCCAGGACAUUUGGCGACUGGUUUAUGGAGGCAUCCUCGAAACCGGACUUCGCAGCACAACGACAUUGAAUACUGGACGGACUUUGCAAAGAUCCUGGAAGCCGGCAAGUUCCACGGCGUCUUCAUUGCCGACGUGCUAGGUCCCUACGACGUGUACAAGGGCCCAGGAAACUUUGAGCCGGGACUUCCUGGAGCAGCUCAGAUUCCUAUUUCGGAUCCUUUCAUGCCCGUCUCAGCCAUGGCAGCCGUGACGAAGCAUCUCACCAUCGGCGUAACCGCAUCAACCACUUACGAAGCACCAUAUCUUCUGGCCCGACGAUUCGCCACUUUGGAUCACUUAUCCAAAGGCCGCAUUGCCUGGAACGUAGUGACCAGCCACUUGCAGUCGGCAGCAGAAAACCUCGGACUUAUCCAACAAGUGCCUCACGACGAACGGUACGCAAUGGCCGACGAGUACGUGACGGUCGCGUACAAGCUAUGGGAAUCAUCCUGGAGAGACGACGCUGUCGUCAAGGACGCCACCACGGGCCAGUACACUGUUCCUGGCCGAGUGCGCAAGAUCAAUCAUGUAGGAAAGUACUUCCGCUCCGCCGGCCCCCUAGGCGUCAACCCAUCCCCCCAACGAACACCAUACCUCUUCCAAGCCGGCAGUUCCUCCGCAGGCAAAUCCUUCGCCACCAAACACGCCGAAUGCAUGUUCCUACCCGGCAUGGAAAUAGGGUCUGUCCGCUCAUCCGUCCAGGACAUCCGUGAACUAGCGGCCCAACAAGGCCGGGACCCAACCACCAUUAAGUUGAUAGUCGGAAUCUUAAUCAUCGUCGACGAAACCGACGCAAAAGCCCAGGCCAAAUACGAAGAAUACCUCACCUACGCCGACCUCGAGGGGUCAAUGACCCUCUUUGGAGGGUGGACGGGGACCGAUCUGUCGCAAUUUGGCGACGACGACGAUUUCCAGUUCACUGGACCAGGCGCCAUUCAAAGCAUGGUGAGUUCGUGGUCGGCGACGAUUCCGGGCACGGAUGGUGUGAAGUGGACGAAGAAGAGAGUUGCGCAGGAACUUGCGAUUGGAGGCGCCCAUCCGAGAGCGAUAGGAUCGCCUAAGACUGUCGCGGAUAUCUUGCAGAAGUGGGUUGAUGAGACGGACAUUGAUGGCUUUAAUAUCUCUUAUGCGGUCAACCCGGGCGAUUUUGAGGAUGUGAUCAAAUACUUGCUUCCGGAACUUAGGACCCGCGGCGUCUUUUGGGACGAUUAUGUCGCGAACACGACGAGGGAGAAUUAUUUGCAGGAUGGGAAGGGGCCGAGGUUGAGGAGUGAUCAUCCGGGUGCGAGGUAUCGAUGGAGUGCUGAUGCCUGA